AUGUCCGUAAUAGAAACAUCUAUCCAUACUACUGAAGAAGAUUCUUCAAAAGAAUUGACAAUACCAUACAUAUAUCCUAAACAACCUUCUAUCCCAAAUGCACAAUCAAUUACAAAAGAUGCUGCAAGUUUUUUGAACCACUUGAUCGACAACAAAAGAGAUGUCCAGCCGGAUUUGUUUCCCAUUGCUCCUUGGUCUUGGCCAGACAUGAAUUUACCCGAUUUUAUAUUAUGGCAUUUUUGGACCUUAAAUGAAAAAUUGGUGAAGCCUAUUCAAAAUUCAAUGUGUGCUUACUUCUCUGGUCAAAUUGAGCUACUUGAUGAUAAUUGUGCGGUAUUAACCGGGGCUAAACCAAAGUCAACCACCUUGCUUGUUUCAAGCUUUGAAUUUGCAGUUGUGUUUGCUAUUCCAUCGUUAAAUUUUACAGCAAUCGAUAAAUUACUAGGAGGUGCUUUUGUGGUACUUUUGCCCGAUAUUAAAAAGUCACAUAAUUCUUCAACUGCUUACGAGAAAAUGAUGACUAUUUCGAAAUACGCCAUGAUGGGAAAAAUGAUAUAUUCCGAUUCAAGUACAGCAACCAGUUUGGUGUCUAUUCUUAUCAAUGCAAGUGACAUGGGUCGUAUGUUGUGGUCCAGCACCUACACCUUAUUUAUCUGUGAUAUAGCUGCUGUUUCCACUAUUUCUACUAUGUCAUGGUUACAUGACGAGUAUGCUGAUUUAAAAAGGGAUAGGUUCUCGCCGGUGUUGACACCUCGUAUUCUUGCUGCACGCAAUAACUUGUCAGAUUCACAAUUAACUGCAUGGGAUAAAAAUCUACUAGUUAUUGUUGACAAAGAAGAUACACCUAAUUAUUUGUUGCAGGCUGAGAUUGAUGUCUCUUGUAUAAUGGUAAAAAAUGAAAUGCGAAAAGCAAGACCCGGGCUAAAUCAAUGGCCUUCUCCGACAGAUAAUGCAUACACUGUAUCUUCAGACCAACUUGAAGCCAUUCGAUUUACCAUGUGUCAUCCUGUUUCAAUUAUCUCUGGUGCACCCGGUACGGGAAAAACAUUUAUUGCCAGUGAAUUAGCAUUGUUGAUGAGUCAAGCUCUGGAAGACAAGGGGCAUCCUGUGCUUGUUCUUACGAAGACUUCGGACACAUUGGAUAUCAUUUUGAAUGAAAUAAUAAAGACCAUUCCAGGGGUUGUUACAUUUGCGGGAAAAUCAUAUCAUUCAGAGCUUUCAUCAAGACGUGCAACUCAUUAACUCAUCAAGCCUAUUUUAAUCGCGGUCAAUUUUUACUCUUGGA